AUGCAAGGACAAACGCCCGACUCGUCAUUCAUUGACGCAGUUAUCGUCGGCAACGGGCCGUCUGCUCUGAUUCUUUCGUUCAUCCUACAUGGCAACAUUCCCUGCUACAACGUCGACUCGCCUCACCCGGAUCCAAUCCUCCAUGCGAAGCUCAAGGAUGCAACGGAGCUCCUUCAGCUCGACGUUGGCCGGCUGACCAGCCACUUUGAGGCUUCGCGUUUUCCUUACUCGACGCAAUCCCUCCCUAUCAACUCCCUGGUCGACUCGCUCGUGCGGCCAUUCGGAGAGACGGACGACCGUGAUUCAAGCACCUGCAUCACCUGGCGCCACGACCCUCAGCGCGCUGUCCGCCAUCUGGCUCUCGGUGAAACAGCUCAACCUGGCGGGCAGUGGACGGAGUGUCCUCCGGGGACCACCUGGGAUAUCCAGUCCCUCAGCUAUGCCGGAAUGCUCUCGUUGCCAGGGUACAGCUACUACGAUCAUCACUACGCUACCCAUGGCUCCCCCUUGCCCGCUUAUACCCGACCUUCCAGACGUGGGAUGGCCGAGUACCUGGCCGCGUACCCGAGGGCUGUUGGGAUUGAAGACUCUACGCGGAAUGGACAAGCUGUGUCCGGCGUGUCGCGAACCCAGGACGGCUUCUACAUUGCAUCUCACAAUAUUCGGUGCAAACAUCUCAUCCUAGCAUCCGGAAUAUUCACUGAAGUAAAGCCAGCAAGACCGCUGUUGCAGCCAUUACUCUCCAUUCCGAGUCAACCAAGUGUGCCUGCAAAGGAUAAGGCACCCUUGCUCGUCAUAGGCUCCGGAUUCUCCGCUGCUGAUAUUAUCAUCUCGGCCGCAAGGGACCAAAAGAUCAUCCACAUCUUCAAAUGGGAGCCAGAAACAAGCCCUUCCCCGCUCCGAAGCUGCCACCAGCAAGCGUACCCAGAGUACGCCGGAGUUUACAAGCUUAUGAAACGAAGCACCCUGCCAAAAUUUACUACAUCUAGGGCAAACAGACGAAGCCAGGCUGCUCUCUCGCCUUUCCUGAAGAGUCGGGAGUGGGACGACAUAUACGAACCCUUGCCCAACACUCUCGUCGUGGAUGUAGCACUCAAUGGCGCCGAAGGUGUAGUCACAUUCCAGCGAAGCGAUGGUUCGACCUUUAAACGCCAUGUUUCCGGUCUAUCCUAUGCUGUUGGCCGGAAGGGCUCAUUGGCGUAUCUGGACAAACAUCUUCAGCGAGAGAUUCUCGGUCCACAGUUUGAUCACUCCCAGGAUGCAUCUAUCGCAAAGGAUACCCUAGUGGCCUCUGCCAUGGCUGACUUGGAGGUAGCCAAAGAUGUUUUCAUCAUCGGCAGUCUCACCAGUGACUCCCUGAUUCGAUACGCUUAUGGUGGCUGUGUAUAUGCUGCAGGGAAGAUCAUAGAACGAUGCUCUCGAGACCAACAUUGUACCGAUGGGGGUGCUUCCCCAAGGCCAACCCUGACUUGA